UCGGGCGCUGUGCUGACAACAUCCUCGCAGGACCAACGAGCGGAUGGUGCGUCCCAAAAGCCUCCUGCUCGGUACAGGCAUCCUUUGAGCCUUAACAGCCAUCGAGCGAAGCCUUCGAAAAUGUAAACAAAAGCGACGCAGGCGCAGCAGUACUCUCUUCCGCACACCUCAAGCAGUUUGGAAAGGAAAGGAAGGGAAAGGAAGGAAAAGCCGAAUUUCCAGGCUCGCAUCCUGCUCGGCCGUCGGCGGCUGUCGGUUUUCCAGCCCACAUCCUGGCCAGGCUCAAAAACAGGCUCAGGCAGCCAGCGCUCACAACGCCAGCAGAGUGCGCAGCGUGAUGUAGUCCAGCUCCAGGAUCCAGUAUCCAGUAUCCAGCUGCAGACCGAGAUUGAAAUCCAGCUACAGCUCCACUCAGGGAAACUUUUCCUUCACCACACUCGAGCACGCACACACAGGGGCACACGGGCACGGACACGGACACCGACACGGGCACACCGAGUCGGAAAAUCGGAAAAGCGGAAAAGCCUCAGACAAAUGGCCAGGAAUAGCAGCAGCGGCAGUAGCAGCGAGCGCAGCAGCAGCAGCAGUGGCACAAAAACGGGGGAGCCGUGAAAAAAGGAAGGCGAAAAACAUUUCAGAGGCGGGGGGCAGUGUGGUGUGCGAAAAUAUAGGGGAAAAUAGCGCGCCCCGUGGAAAUGGAAAUGGGCAUGCUGGGGCUUCUUCUGUUAGCCACACCAGCAGCGGAAGUAGCAGCAACACCAGCGGAAACGGAAACAGCAACAGCAACCUAAAUCCGCGACCGCCCCCAAUUUAUCCGUUCUUCGCUCUCUCCGUUCCGUGUUAAUUGUUAUUUAUGUAUAGUGUAUAUAUAAAGUUCUGUGUGAUACAAAUGGAUCGCAAAGAUCCGACGGCAGGCGAGAAACUCUAAUCUAAACUCAGUCUAAUCAAAAGCGUACAACGACAACAAACGGUUUUGCAAGUGAAACGAUAACACCAAACCAAACCAAACCAAACCAAACAACCAAACCAACAACAUUAUUCCAACGGGUCCAAUGUUGCAGCCAACAACAUGCAGCAAACAGCAACAGCAGUGGCAGCAACCAGCAAUCGCAACAGCAGCAGCGGGAGGAGCAGCUAAAGAUCAUGGAGCCUUAGCAGCAGCAACUGCAACAGCAGCAGCAGCAGCAACAGCAGCGGGAGCAGCAGCAACUGCAACAGCGACAGCAGCAACAGCAAGCCGCAACAGCAGCAACACUUGGUGCCACAGCGACAACAUGUUGUCCGUAGGCCACAGCCGCACCAGCAGCACAACGAUAGACUUCAACAGUCGCCGGCGGAGGGGGCGCCUACGAGGACACGGCCACGCCCCCUUUGUCCUGGCGGAGAACAAGCAACACCAAUCUACGAUACUGGACGAGUGUGUAAAUAUUUUCAAGCGCUUAGUAUUAUUAACAUUAAAAACGAUAUCAGCAACAACAACAACAAUAACGAAAGCCAAGACAAGAAGCAGAACAGCAGCAGCGAUACCAGCUAUCAGUGCAACACCUGCAACAUCUGCAACAUCUCGUGGUGCCUCAGUGGAUCAGCUGCUCCCUCCAAGUGGCCGCAGCCGCUGCAGAAGUCGCUGCCUCCGACUGCCGAUCUACAGCAUCCUGCUGCUCUGUUUGGCCACCCAGGGAUUGGGAUUCGGAGAUGCCGCCAAGCCCAAGUCAGCCAAGCAACACUUUGGGGGCAGCGGCAACAUCAACAGCCCGAACCAAAACCAAAACCAGAACCACAACGAUGUCCUGGGCGGGGUGGGUGCCCCAUCCCAAACGUCCGGCGAGGACGAGGCCGAGAUCAUGUACCCCUUCCAGUCCGGGGAGCAGAUGUUUGGCUUGGAGGAGGACCAGGACCAGGACCAGGAGCUCAACUCCAAUGCAGUGCCCGGUUCCGACGAGGAUAAUUCGGCCAAUCAACGUGGUAUCAAUGACACGCACAACGAUAACUCGACCACCACGAAAACGCCACUAUUCCCGAAAGACCUAUUCACGAAAGAACAGCUUGAGAACGGCGCUGUCAUCCUGCACAUCAUUGGGGUGAUAUAUAUGUUUGUGGCGCUGGCAAUUGUCUGUGAUGAAUUCUUCGUGCCUUCCCUUGACGUAAUCAUUGAAAAGCUCGGCAUUACGGACGAUGUGGCCGGCGCUACGUUUAUGGCGGCGGGUGGCAGUGCCCCCGAGCUCUUCACCAGUGUGAUUGGCGUUUUCGUGUCGUUCGACGACGUGGGCAUUGGUACGAUCGUUGGAUCCGCCGUGUUCAACAUCCUGUUCGUGAUCGGGAUGUGCGCCCUCUUCUCGAAGACGGUCCUGUCGCUCACCUGGUGGCCUUUGUUCCGCGACUGCUCGUUCUACAGCAUCAGCCUGCUGGUGCUGAUCUACUUCUUCCGGGACAACCGCAUCUUCUGGUGGGAGGCCCUCAUCCUGUUCACCAUCUACAUCGCCUACGUGGCCUUCAUGAAGUGGAACGUCCAGGUGGAGACGUGCGUCAAGAAGAUGAUUACCAAAAACAAGGUGACUCGCGUCAGAAGUACAGAUCAACUUAUGCCAGCAGGUAACGCGGCCAACUCCUCCGAAACAUCGAUGGCCACCCAACCGGGCGGCUCCGUAACAUCGCGGGCGGCGAGCGAAACCCGCUCGGGUCCGCCCGGAUCGAGCAAUGCGGGCGCCACAGGUAAUAGCAGCGGUAGUACUCAGACCGGUGCCAAGUUCCGCCACGGCCUGUUACAGCUAAUGAUACACACGAUAGAUCCACUACACGAUGAUGAUGUUCCAGGCAAAGUGGACGAGAAGGCGACGCAGCUGCACGCCAUUGCCUCGCUGAAGGUCUUGCUGGAUGCCACCAAGCCGCAGCGCGGUGGUGCCACCACCUCGGCGGCCAACCACGUCAAGAUCAACCUCAAGGAGACCACGCUCGCCGAUCGUCCCAAUGGGAACAUCGACACCACCCUCGACUCGCCAUCGUUGAGUGGUCGACGUCCUAGCUGGAUUGAGCAGAGGGUCAAAAUUCAGACACGCAAAUUUAGCAUCAAAGCGCCCGAAAUCGAGGAUGAGCCGGAACCCCUGAGCAUGGCCUGGCCGGACACGGCGCGAAAGCGGCUCACCUACGUCCUGGUGGCCCCGCUCCUGGUGCCCAUGUGGCUCACACUGCCCGACACGCGGACGCCCCGCGGCAAGCGCUUCUUUCCGGUCACCUUCAUCGGCUCCAUCGUGUGGAUAGCGGCCUUCUCCUACCUGAUGGUCUGGUGGGCCAACGUGGCCGGCGACACGGCGCGCAUUCCGCCCGAGGUCAUGGGUCUGACCUUCCUGGCGGCGGGCACCUCCAUUCCGGACUUGAUUACCUCGGUGAUAGUGGCACGCAAGGGAUUCGGCGACAUGGCCGUGUCCAGUUCCGUGGGCAGCAACAUAUUCGACGUGACCGUGGGCCUGCCGAUACCGUGGCUGCUCUACGGAAUCAUCUACGGGGCGCCCGUGGAGGUGAACUCGGUGGGCAUGGUCUGCUCCAUAACCAUCCUGUUUAUGAUGCUGGUGUUCGUGGUGAUGUCAAUCGCCUGCUUCCGCUGGCGCAUGAACAAGGGGUUGGGCUUCACCAUGUUUCUGUUGUAUUUUGCCUUUGUCGCCGUGUCGCUGAUGUUCGAAUACGACGUGAUCACCUGCCCCUUUUAAAGGGCAGGGGCAAAGACAAAAGUGGUCAACAGUUACCGAGUUCCGGGUAGCAGUCGAGCCAUCGAGAUGGAGCUACCAAGCUACAAAGCCACCAAGGAUUCCAUACCAAGGAUGUCUGGAUGCCGCCGAGGACGAAUCGAGACGUGGACCCCGUCAGUCUCACACCCAAUUAGCUAAAUUAUAUACAAGCAAAUUAAUUAAUGAUUAACAAAUUAAUUAACAGUGGACUAAAGCUAAAUAAUCGAAUUGUUAAACAGACAAAUACACCGCCACACACAGACUCACUCACUCACAGAUACACAACACCACCAAACCAAAUUAAAUCAAACGAACACACAUGCGAAAGCGGUUAUGAAAAAUAACGAAAUCGAAAACUUAACGUUAACAAAAUGCGAGUUAGUUAGUGCCAGCGUUUCUUUUUCGAAAGACAUUUACUUUAAAGUGUUUAGCGCAGCUUUUUAACGCAAGCAGCCCCCUCCAAUCCUUAACUCUACGAAUCUUUGCUCCCAACUAUCGUAUCUAUGUAUCUAUGACCUAUUAACAAACUAGCGAGAAGGAAACACGACAAUGGCUUCCCAACCACUUACUAACUAUGUAUCUACCUAACGUUUGGGUUUUAACUACAGGCAUAAGAAAACCAGCAAAAGUAUGUAUCAACAAAUAUAUAUGAUUAUCUCGGCACAAGGCACCCUAUAUCCUAUAUACGGUACGAUAUGAUACGAUACGAUACGAAACGAUAUGAUACGAUACGAUACGAUAAUGGAAUGCAGCCUCCAAGUUUUGUGUUGAGCUCUUUCGUUUCGAUCGAUCGAGCAGAAGCCUUUCAUUUGCGUGCUCUACUAAGAUUUCUCCUAAAAGCUUUAUCCAGAGCCUAUCUAAAAACUCUAUCUAGUUUACGACUUAUAUACAUUAUACUUAUAUACCCACUCACACGCACACUUACAUGGCAUACUAUAUAUUGACCUGUAUUGAUUAAGUGAUAAUUUGCGUACUUAUUGAACAAGCAAACGAACAAAUCGAGAACUCUCAAAGUAAGCUACAAUUAUACUCGAAUUCAAAACUAAAUCGAAACGAAUGUAGGGCAUACUUAAAAUAUUUUGCUAAAAAGCAUUUGCCAUACAUCCAGACCAGGACAUUAUGAUUAUCGAUUACACUGAUUCCAGUCCGAUGCUAAUUCUAAUUCUAAUUCUAGUUAUGAUUAUGAUUCUAGUUCUGAUCCCGAUUCUAGUCCUAAUUCCAAUUCUGAUUCACGUUGGCGUUUAGGAGGAGCAGAGUUUAAAUUUAACUUUAAAUUGAAGCCAUAUUUAUUAUAGACUACUUCAAAUCCAAAACAAAAACGAAGCCUACUAAAAGAAAAAACAAAAAAAAACCAAAAACUAAUUUCAUAUACUUUUUGCUUAAUGAAGUCCCCCAAGUACAUAUAUAUGAGCAUAUUAACGUAUUUAUAUAUAAACGACAUUUAAGACGAUAUUUAACGAAAUAUGAAACAAAAUCAACUUGCUCUCUUUAUUUAGAAGGUACGUAACAUUUUUCUAAACUAAAACCCUAAACUCGUAAAACCAAGUGGCCGCAAAACCGAUGAAAUGCAAAUGGAAAAGAAACCCAAAUAAUUUAACAUAAAACGCAUACAUAUAUACACCUAAUUAUAAACAUACAUAUAUAAAUAUAUAUAUUUUAUAUAUACCAGAAGAUAACUUACUAUAUAUAUACGCAACUAUACUUAAGUAGGCAAUGUAUCUAACGGAUAUCCAGACGUUUGCAUAUGGCUCGCAGUCAAGUUAAGGAAGCGACAGAACACAGAUACAGAUACAGAAUACAAGAUACAGAUACAAGCACACACACGUUAACACUCAGAACAGAAAGCAAUAAUUUUUAUUACCAGUGAAAUUAGAGGAUUCAGCAGUGGCAUCGCACUGUAAGCAUACUGUCCUAGAUGUACGACAUGCGAAAAUCUCACUGCGAAAUGCGAAAAUCGAGACCCAAAACCGUACAUUGAGGCCAAGUCAGCUCAGCAGUGGUAACGCAUCGGAAAUAAUUAUAUAUGCAUUCACAUUCGCAAAAUUAUAUACUGUAUCUGCUGAACAAUGCGAUGUGCAGAUGCAAAUGCAGAAUUAACGUAACUAAGUGGCUGCUCUUACACCCCAUGGGUGCAGUGCAUUCAAUUGCACACAGAUAUAAAUAUACGAGUAUAUAUAUAAUUGAUAAUAUAAUAUAUGCAUGUAGGAUAUGGACGGGUCAGAGGUCACAGCCGAACAGCAGACCAGGAAAUGAGCAGGGAGCGAGAGGAUUGUCAGGGAACGAGGCGGAGACAUUGUAUAAAACUCGAAGGAGGCUUACAUCAGGUCAUGCCCUCUCCACACAGAAGACUCCACAUCACUUCAUAUGCCUAAAUGCAGCCCUUGUACUAAUCCAGCUUAGAGUUGGCUGAGAAGGCCUAAAUUUCCCUAUAAUUUAUAUUGGCAUAUCCUUAAAAAGUGUAUCUUAUAAAUACCAAUUUACCUAUUGUCGUAAGCAGACCUUCAGUGUUCUCUAUACUUGUUUAGGACCACUUUAUUGUCCCUACUAUAACCUAUGCCUUUUCCUUACUUUCUAAAUAUCCUUAAAUCGAUUCUUACUCCUUAAUUAAGCUUCUUCUUCUAAUAAUUAGGUUUAAUCUGUAUCCACUACCUUUUUAAAGUUCUUCUACCUUAUCCAUACUUUUCCUCUCAGCCACUCCAUGCGUUUCUCAUCGUAGCUCGUAAUUCCAAAAGUGUCGACUUUCGUCCUUCUGUAUUAAUGUAUACGCCCCUGUAUCGUAUAUAUCCCAACUAGCAAGCUCACUUCUCACGAGUAGAUUGCCUCGGUCGCCAGGCUUUAACAGAGACAACUUCCAAGAACAAACAACAAAUUAACUUAAACUUUUAUACAUGCUGUAUGUUUAAACUAAAGACAACAAGGAUACCAAAAAACUAAAUCGAAUAGAAAGAAAACCUUAAAAAAAUAUCUUCCAAAUUAACUUUAAAACCAAGUCAUAUUUAUUAUAUAAAAAUAAAAUACUUGAGAACGAAACACUCACACUUAACUACAUCUUAUUAGAACCUAAUAACGAGAAAAUGGAAAAGCACACCCAGCAAUUACUUGUACUGAAGAUUUCCCUCACUCACACCCACUCACAUCUAAUCUAUCAUACAUACAAACAUAUCGCGCCCACUCUUCUGUCUAAAAAGGUACACAAACCAAAAAAUCCCAGAGAAACCAACAGAAUAAGAAACUUGAAACGAAAGGAUUUUUUCGGCGAACUUUUCUCACCAAAAAACCCUUAAAGGCUUAUCAAGAAAUCAAAGGAAACGCAAUAAACGAUCCUCCAUUGAGAAAAUCCUUAUCCAUCCGAAUCUCCCCCUCCUUUCCAUCCAAAAUCAUCAACCAACAACGCACACACACCACACAAAAUUGUCGAGUGGCGUAGAAGUCUCGCUUUAAAGCAACGUAAAUAAGAGGAAAUAUAUACAAGAAAUAUAUAUAUACAGAUAUAUAUAUAUAUGAAAUUGUUAUGGUUAUAGAUUUUUAACAAGUUGAAUAAUUGCGUAAAAAGUAAAAGUGAAACAAAAACACAAAAAAAUUGUUGAAACAUUAGCAAAAGCGUUCAUAAAACAUAAACGAAGCGUAAGGAAGGAUAUAAUAAUAAAGAUAAAACGAAACCGAACAAACCAAAUCGAAUCGAAAGAUAUAGUAAUGCUAUAUAUACUUUAUGAAAUAUUUAACUAUGAAAAUAAAAAUCAUUGUUUGAAAUUAAAGUGAAAAAAGUAAACUUACAAAAAAAAAAAACAAAAAAACCUAAAAGAAUUUUGUGUUUGCUAAUUUUGUGUCCUCAACCAAAUUUUGAGUUUGCAGAAAAAUCAACCGUAAGUAUACCCAAUUGAUUCCUAUGUUUUUUAAACGUAAUUGGCAUGAUUAGAUAUUCAAUGUUCGAUGUUUUCAAAUAAAAUUAGCAAACACAAGCACAGACCAUUCGGAAGCAUUUCUAGAGAUCUGAUCUGGCCUAAUACUAAUCACGCUCUCAAGUCAAUCACCUAUAACAAUCGUCUUGAUCAAGAAUUACCGAUAUACCACAUAACGUCUACGAGUAUAAACGAACGAGCACAUAAUCAUUAAUUUCAGCUUUAAAUAAUCUACGAACUAGACCUAAACCGUAUAUGGAACACGCGGAUAUUUAUUAACUUUUAUAAACCAGUAUAUGUACCAUAUACCAUAUAGCAUAUAGCGUGUCUGUGCGAUCGCGCGCUCCAAGUGGAUUACUUUUUUAAUACUUAAUACGAUUACGAAUACAAAUAGAACACGUGAAAUGCAAUGUAUGCAAUACUUAUAUUCGAUUAUAUUUACAAUAUUUAGAGACCGUUUCAAGUUGCGUCCGUUGUUUAGACAGAGAAACACAGCAAACAAUAAAUUGUCAGUCAGUUGCCAGCGGCUUCGAUUUGAUUUCGAUUUUUCGUUCGAUGUGAGGAAACCAAACGAUUACCGAUUAAACGAGAAUGCGAAUAUGAAGCAAAUAUGAUAUAUGAAAUCCAGUAAAAAGUAAUAGUUAACAUAUUGGUAGACUAAUUUAAAGAUUUUAUAGCGUUUUCAAAUUUAUAAGUGUAUAAACCGAAUGCGUUUAUUAUUUGUAAUGCCAGCGAUCAGCCGAUCGGCAUCGGAUGUCAGCAGAUAUAGCGCGUGAACAUAUAGCCGUCGUGUGUAAUACAGUUAUCAUUACCCACCAAAAUAUGUAUAUUUUCCGUUGUUGAGUUUAGAUCGUUGUAAUUUUGAAUUUUACCUUACAAGUGUGUAUUUUUUCGAGACAAAAACACAAGCGGACCGAUCGAUAGUGCAGACGGGUGUGUAAUUUUAAUAGCGAACAAUGAGAGUAUUAUAAUAACAGACAUUAAUUUUAACAACCGAUACGCUUCUAGCACAUAAGAUUGUACAAAUGAUUUAUAUGAAUAAUGCGAUAAACCAUGAAAAGAAAACGAAAAAGGGAGUUACAGUCGGUCAGAUGUUCAGUUGAUCCAGUCUAAAUAUAAACCCAUUUUCUUAGUCAUCAAAGGAAGUAUAUCCCCUCCCCUAGCUCACUUUAUCUUUGUGGCGAACCAGAGAGCUCGAAUGAUGAAUACAUAUGGUGUAAUACAGCGAGUUACUUACUUUAUACAAGUACGUCUAGUUAACGACAUUUAGAUUUUAUACAAAACACACCCAGAAACACGCAGUCAUUCAAAAAAAGUAAAAACCCUAACCGAACCGAACCAAACUCCCCAGCAGACGCAUUAGUUAACAGAUAUCAUCAAAAUGGAGCAAGGAGUAAAAGCAAAUCAAAUAUAUAGUCAAUUUCUAACGAUACAUGCAAACAUAUAUGGCUGGCACUCACGAUAUAUAUAUAAAACAAAAGUAUAUGAAGUUAUAUAAAGCAUUUUAAGGAUCGUAAACUGGAAGAGGCGCUGAAUAGAGUGGGGUGAAAAAGCCCCCCCAAAACUUAUGUAAAUCAAAACGAAGCUAUAGCGAAUAAACCGAAAUGUUAACUAGUUAUUUAGGUGAAAUAUACAACAAACCACACUCAGAUGCAGAUGAAAAUGCAUAUGCAGAUACAAUACAUUUACAUCGAACCGUUAACAAGGCUUUGAAAGCUCAGAAGAAUUACUCAAGCAGACACUCGAACACGACACAAGGACACGAAUGUUCAAAAAAGCAGAGUUGAGUUGUAGCAGAGCCGCAGCAAACGAGAAAGGGCCGUUUAAUAAACUUUUGUUAUCAACCAAGAAAAGAAAGCAAAACGAAAUGCGUCUGCAAGUAAGCAGGUUGCGAAAACAAAAAACGAAGUUAAUGUUCAAACUAACUAAUAUAUAACGAAUAUUAUAUAAUACAACAAACUUAGACUGUAUGUUAUUUUCUCAAUACAAUACCUAUAAAAAACAAUAAAAACAGAUUCAAUAAAAUGAGUUAUCCAAUGGCA